UUCAUUAGGAGAUAUUAAAGUAAACACGGGGUUAUUGUCCACGAAAUCAAAGUGCCCGUUUCGUCCAAAUAUUCAUUUAAAUUAUUAGUUCAUUGACAUCUGUAGAUUGUAAAGCAAAAGGAUCCGCCGUCGGGGCCCGUUAGAGGCCGCCACUAGCGAACAUACUUACGUCUGCGCAAAAGGUCUACAUGCGCAGAUCACUGCAUUGCUACAAACUCACUCCGUGGUCUGUAAGCUGAGGGGAAUGUGAUAAUAAUUUAUUAAUUUUCAAUUGUUUUACGUAAAUAAGAUGCAGCUUCUUCUGUUAAGGUCAUAGUGCAAAGUGAACGUGAGCUAUGUGAGAUUGUUUUUGUGUUUAAUGCAUCAACAAAAUUAAAUAGCCGAAGAGACAACUGUAUCAGUUCUCUGUUAAGUAAAGAAGUUUUAUCAGACAACAGAAACACAGAUCUGGUUAAAAGUCUGCGGACCAAGAACAUGGACAACGAGCAACCGCAUCAAGAACUGGUGAAAUGCGUGGUGGUCGGAGACACGGCCGUGGGGAAGACGCGCUUAAUAUGCGCCAGGGCUUGCAACAAACACGUUUCACUGUCGCAGUUAAUGACCACUCAUGUCCCUACCGUGUGGGCCAUUGACCAGUACAGGAUUUACAAGGACGUAUUAGAAAGAUCCUGGGAAAUGGUCGACGGAGUGAACGUGUCGUUGCGUUUGUGGGACACAUUCGGCGAUCACGAAAAGGACAGGAGAUUUGCGUAUGGAAGAUCCGAUGUUGUCCUGCUGUGUUUUUCAAUAACGAAUCCUAUAUCGUUGAGAAACUGUGGAGCUAUGUGGUAUCCAGAAAUCAGACGUUUUUGCCCGAACACUCCGAUCCUGCUAGUCGGUUGCAAGAACGAUUUGCGAUACAUGUACAGAGACGAGAAUUACCUUAGCUACUGCAAGGACCGGAGCCCUUUCAUAAGGGCUCCAAGGAAAUGCGACUUGGUCAUGCCGGACCAAGGUCGAGCCUUAGCUCAUGAGUUCGGCAUUUAUUAUUACGAAACCUCAGUGUUCACAUACUACGGAGUGAACGAAGUCUUCGAGAAUGCCAUCAGGGCGGCGCUGAUGGCGAGGAGACAACAGAGGUUCUGGAUGACCAAUUUAAAGAGAGUUCAGCGGCCUCUUCAGCAGGCGCCGUUCAGACCACCUAGACCAGUGGAGCCCGAAGUCACUUUCGUCAGCAGUAAUUACCUCGAGAAUAUGACUAAUUUACUCCAUCAGCAGUAUUUUUCGGAUAUGGUGAUUAUAUGUGGAUCGAAGGGAUUCCCAGUGCAUCGGGUCAUGAUGGCGGCGGCUUGUGAGGUCUUCUAUCGCCUGCUGAUCAUGGACUGCGAGAGUCUCUCCGUUGACCUGGCCAGGAGCUCCAGCGAGAGCAGCAUGGUGAGCAGCAUGGGUGAGGCGCCAGCUGGUGAUCUCGAUGAAGAUACAGAGCAUUUACUCAAACAGGAUAUCAUCAAACAAAUGAGACUUUUAGAUCAGAUAAGACGUCGCUCUUCCUGUCAGAUAUUGCCACUGAGCGACGGUUGCAAGAAACCCCCCGAUCUCUACAGGGAGGUCAAUCACCCCGCCGUCAACUCGAUAAGGGUUGUCAAGUGCGACAAAUCUCAGCACGCCACAUCGCAGACUCAAACGAUAGCGACCAUGAGUAAGCUCAUCUCACAAAGGGUCAUGCAGGAGAUACUAAACUUCAUUUACACCGGAUCCAUGCAAUGCACUUCCGUGAAACGAGAUUCCGGCACAGAAGAUUAUUCUGUAGCGCCUUCGACUCUCGGACUGAUGCUGGAAAUACGUCAAGCGUCUGAAUUGCUCGGGAUCCCGGAACUGACGAGAACCAGUCAACUGAUCCUCACACAACAAAUGCUGUAUGAUGAAGCGUUCCUUCUGCAAUUCCACGUGUCAAUCACGAGACGUUUCCGUGAUAUGUACGUCGAGCGUAACACAUUCGCGGACGUGACUUUCGCCCUGGACGAUGGCAUACAUUUGGCCCAUCGCGCCAUCCUGAUGGCGAGGUGCGAUCCCAUGAAGGCAAUGUUCCAAGGGCAUUUCAGGGAAAGCAACUCCAGGGUGAUAUCGCUGCCAGGCGUGAAGAUAUACGCUUUCCACAUCCUCCUCUGCUAUAUGUACACGGAUAAGAUACCGAGCGUCGAAUCAGCAAGGUGCCUGGAGCUGCUGGAGCUGGCCAACAGAUUUUGCAUGAACCGUCUCGUCAAUUUGGUGGAGUAUAAAGUUAUCGAAGAGUUAAGACAUAAAGACAGAGUACGAGGACAUGAAGAUGAGGUUGUCGAAAUAGCGUUAUCCCUUUUGGAACCUGCUAAGUUGCACAACGCUCGCAAUCUGUCGGAUUGGUGCUUGUGGCGGCUGUGUGGCUCUUUCGACCGCGUGUGCCGCGACAAGACCCUCUCGCCCUCCGUGCGGGAGUACCUCGCCGAGAACCGGUGGCCUCCCGUCUGGUACGUCAAGGAAUUCGAUUACUAUCAAAAGUGUUUGAGCGCGCAGUCGAAAGAGAAAAAAGAAUUGGGUCCUACUACAUCGUUACGCACGAGCCAACAGACUGGCUGUUUAUGUUUUCCGAGUAAAGUAAGAAGAUCUAGCGAAACCGUAGUGGAGACACGCGCUUUGUGCUCUGCCGUUGCUCUUCCAGUCCAGGAGCCGCCGAUCUGACACAUGCCUUACUGGAGGUCACUCCGUUUCGCAGUGCUGCUACCCGCCUCCAUGUGCUUUAUGAGUACAAUACUGAUCAUACUAAUAGUAUUCCACAUUUACACUUAAACGGAAACUUGUCUGCAAUGUUAUUUCUUUAUUAUCGUUAUUAUAAGCCGCGGCAAUAACGAAACGAAUCUAAAAUGGCGGCGGCGA